ACCAGAUUGCUUGCUGGCAAGUGAACGGAAAGGAUCGUACAGAUUCAGUUUUAUUUCAAUGUCAGAUUUAUUCGCUAAAUUAACAAAAUGGCAGAUGAUGAUGUUGCAGCUCUUGUCAUCGACAACGGAUCUGGAAUGUGCAAGGCCGGGUUUGCUGGCGACGGCCCCCGGGCUGUUUUCCCGUCCAUUGUUGGGCGCCCAGGACAUCAAGGUGUGAUAGUUGGCAUGGGUCAGAAAGACAGCUAUGUUGGAGAUGAAGCUCAGUCCAAGAGAGGAAUCCUCACAAUGAAGUAUCCCAUCGAGCAUGGCAUUGUCACCAACUGGGAUGACAUGGAGAAGAUCUGGCAUCACACCUUCUACAAUGAGCUUCGUGUGGCUCCCGAGGAACAUCCAGUUCUCUUGACAGAGGCUCCCCUCAACCCCAAGGCCAACCAAGAAAAGAUGACACAGAUCAUGUUUGAAACAUUCAACUCUCCAGCUAUGUAUAUUGCCAUCCAGGCCGUGUUGUCUCUGUACGCUUCAAGUCGUACAACUGGCAUUGUCCUGGAUUCCAGUGAUGGAGUCACGCACACUGUACCAAUCUACGAGGGUUAUGCUCUUCCUCACGCCAUCUUGAGGCUCAAUUUUGCCUGUAGUGAUCAUACAGAUUAUCUGACGAAGAUCGUCAUGAAGCGUGGUUAUUCCUUCAUCAUCACAGCAGAGAGGGAAAUUGUGAGAGACAUUAAAGAAAAAUUGUGCUAUGUGGCAUUAGACUUUGAACAAAAGAUGGCUACUGCAGCUUCAUCCUCUACCUUGGAAAAGAGCUACGAGUUGGACAAGUAAUUACCAUUGGCAAUGAGAGGUUUAAGUGUCCAGAAGCCACGUUCCAGCCAUGGUUUCUUGAUAUGGAAUCUGCUGGUAUUCAUGAGACUACCUACAACUCCAUCAUGAAAUGCGAUGUUGAUAUCCAUAA